GGGACUGUCCGGUCUGACGAAGCAUAUUGCCUUUUUCCGGCCCGCGCACUACUGAGGAAGCACCGCGUGUCCCUGCGCGGGGUGACGGGGCCGGGUAGGCAGCGAAUUGCGGGAGAGAUUUCGAUUCGUUCUUACCGGGCAAGUUUUCAGGUGCGCGUGCCAGUGGCGGGGCGUGGAAGUAGAAGGCGGAAAUAUGCUAGGAAGAGGACGAGGAGCAGCAGUGUUGUCGAGAGUCGGUGUGAUGGCUCGAAUGUGACGCUCCUCACGUAUACGUCUCUCCUUUGUGUUCCAAUCCUCUCUCCUCUCUCCUCUCUCGGGCCUACCGUAGUCUAGAGAAAAAACGGAGGUGUCAACGUAAAUGCAGCCAGCCGAAAAUCCCUGUCAUCGGCUGUGAUAGGAGGAUACGCAAAGGAUUGAUGAAACUGGUGUAGCGCGGUGAGUUGAGUGAGGGAGAGAGAGAGAGAGGUGGAGGGAGAGGCUGAAGAGGUGCAUCGUCUUCACUUCGUAGAGUUAGCCAAAAUACUUGGGAAAGAGUUGGAAUCAUACGUAAUACCACUUUUACUAGGAGUUUUUUUUGUUUGUUUUUUUUUGUUUUGAGCACUAGCUGAGGCAGCAGCGUGUUUGAGCAAGAUUCUGUAAUUAAACCCACCUCUUAUCUUAGAGUUUAUUUUUGUUUGGGCAAGAUGGUGUAAUCAAAGGGGGCGGCAACGAGCCAGUCGAAGAGUAGGUAUUGAUCAGAGGACAUAGAGGUAGAAGGUGUGUGUGCUGGUCAUGCCUGGAGUCUCCCAUGAGGGAAGGGAGGGAGGAAGUGGGGGAAGGACGGGGCGGUGCCGGGCAAGGUGAUGAUAAGUAGGGGUAGAACAGGAGAUCAAGAAGGCGAAGAGUAGGAAAUAGGGUCCGUUGCGCGCGCGUGCGUCGAAGCGAAGAGGUUUGUCACGUGGGUUCCAAUCCCGAAGAAUUGACUGCUCUUGUCACCUGCGCAGGGUUCUCUUGUCGAUCCGGCGUCUGUUGGGUAGUACUUUACGUGAUUGGAAGAACUGGCAGCAGCGUGGGGAGAGCAAGGAUAUCGCGCCUGAGCGGAAGAUAGUGAGAGCGUGCGAAACGUUGGUGGAGUAGACAGUUGAGGGGGUGGCUGGCAUCCUCAGGCCAGCAAGAUGUGUAGGGAACGUGGGCCUGAUGACUUUCGGCCUCCCCGUAUGGGGCUGGUCCGAGCGGAUAUGGAGGACGCUCUGCUCCAAGCGUCGGUCCGGAAGAAGGCCGAUGAUGCUCUUCGGGCGGAAGUGGAGUUCCGCAAACGGAAGUCUGGCGAUAUUGCCGGUGCUAUGGACUUGGAUCGAGCCGAUGUCAGUUGUGCCAAAAUGAAGCGGUUUUGUCCCGUCUUGAAGUCGGAUCGUCCAACGAACAGGAAGAAGGCUGGCAUCCCUCCUCCUCCUGCUGCUGGGGACGCAAAGAAGUCGGGAACGGAGUCGUCUGCUGAGUGGUCCCUUUUGGAAGAGUCUGCGGAGGGUAGUACUCGAGCCCCCAGUUUCAGCGUGUCCACAGGGCGAUUUAGUAAAUCGUCGAGUGUGAGCGAGAGCGAGGGGCAGGGAGCGAAUUGGAAAGAAAGUUAUUCAUCCGCUGAUGACGAGAAUUCCGAUGGAUGGACCAAAGGAGGAGGUACGACAGGUGUGUCAUUCACUGAUUAUUCUCGAGUGCCAUGGCCGUCGGAAGAGAGGGGGGGCGCGGUGGGGGCAGGACAAGUGGGUGGUUUUCUCUGCGAGGGAAGGAGGAGGAGAGGAUCGUCGGUGGCGGCUAUGGGCUUCCCUUGGGGAGGGAAGGCGGUUGGCGGAUCAGGUCCGCGGCCAAACGAAACAGACUGUGAAGGGAACUUUGGGCUUUUCAGAAGGGUGGCAAAAGACGGACAUCCAUGCCUUAAAAGACUAACGAAUGAUAGUGGGGCCAGGGGAAGUACGCAAGGAGCUGAUCACAACAAGGAGCGGAGAGAGCGGGGUGUUCCUGCAGAGAAUGUGAAUGUGCAGGUACGGAGGAAAGAUGGUCAAUCGGAGGAGUCCGGAGAUGGGAGGGGGGAGUCGUUGGCAAACCGAAGCCAAUCUGACGAUUCCGGAGAGGUGAGGGCGAAGAUCUCGUCCUUCAGUAGAAGACAGAAUGAUGGCGCCGCUCGCUUGCGCUGGAAGGACGUGCAAGCGUCUACGGUCAGCACCGGCGAAAUCACAGAUGGGCGGAGUGAUGAGCAAAGAACGACAGGAGCAUCGGGGAGAGCAGAUGCGAGAGAUGAUCCUGGGGGAGGUGCUGGUCAGUUAUGCUGGGGUCUAAGUACUGUGAAGCGUGGCCGUUCGGAGUCGGAGGACUGUACUAGUUCUGAGCUCCAAGAGAGCAGGAGUGAUUCUCGUGCGAACGAAGUGACCUCUGCGGCGAAGGAUGACAAAAGACCCAGGGAUUGGAGAGCUCUGGGCUCCGGCAUUGGGGGCGCAGAAGAAGGAGCCAACUUCUCUUUCAGGGGAUUAUUGUCUUCGGAGGAUAAAGGGAACGACUUGCAGCAGCAGGUGGGGUCGUCGACAAUCACAGAAGAGGGGGAAUCAGAUGCCAAAAGUGGGGAAGGUGCUGCUAAUACCGAAAGCACAGGUCCCGUGAAGUUUGUGUUGUCUUCGGGGAGAAAAACUGCGUACGGGGAUCGUGAUGCAGAUGGAGACGCAAGAAUGGGCAAGAAGGAGUUGACCAUUGAUGAGGAGUUUGAACUUCAUUUUUCUCAGAUGUUUAUUUAGAAUUAUUCUCGUGUCGCCGAAGAUGCCCUCCCUGCUUCAUCCGCUUCUGUACAAUCAAUGUCAAGCGAGGUACCAGAAUGAAGUUAGCAAAUUAAUGCAAGGUACUUUGGAGACCUUUAUUUCCUCUGUCUAGUUCUCUGUUUGUUCUCCCCCAAGCCCUCCCCGCCCCCGCCCCUCCCCUUCCCCCUCUUCUCCCAAAUUUUCGAUUUUUGUUAGGAAGUUUUCGUUUUCCAGUUGGAUGGAUUGCUGAUGUGUGCCAUUCACUUUCACUGAUAUCCAUGUUUGCAUUCGCUUUUUCACUGAUUGGUAGUGAUUACUACGAAUCAGCCUUUCCUUUCAUUGUCAGUGAGAUCUGCAGCUGCUUUCAUUGAUAACCAUGUUUGCGUUGUUGUAUUUUCUCACACAUGGGAGGGCUUCCAUUUUGCCCGUCUUCCCGUACGAUGGAGGAGUGUUGUUGUGUGUUCUCGCCUUGACAGAAUGCAUCUGCCAGUGUUCGUUUUUCCUCUUUCUUUUUUUUCGGUAUGAGGGGCGACAGCCUUGAGAUAUCGUUGUGGACCUGACCGGCCCUCGGCAAUUCAGGAAUUCCGUUCAUCUGGUUCCAUCUGGAUUCGAAACUCACGUCUGCAUUUCAGUUGAGGUUUAUGGACGAUGCUCUCCGUUGGCAGAUGAUGAUAGAAUGCUUUCUGCUAAAACUUUUCGCAAACUGCCAACCAAGCGUUGAAAGCUUUUGUCC